CACUACCGUACAAAGUCAUCCACAGGCCCUUUGACUCUCCCAACAACCUCUCCUCCCUUUCACCCUUCCCACAUCCAUCUCCAUUCAUCCACCUCCACCCAUCCAUCCACGACCAUUGUCGUGCUACUAACCUCGUGAUAAUACAAAGCCCAUUAUCACCCACAUUCCACAGCCUUUACAAUAGUAGCCAAACGACCAGACCAGCCAACGACCAACCACCGACCAUGAAUCAGUGGGCGCCAGUCUCAGUUGUCCCGCCACCGCCUGGCACGCAGGACAUGUACAGAUACCAACCAGGUGAGAUUGAGAUUCACUUUUCCAUCGUCAACCAAAAUUUGUGCAUCCCGACAUUUCCGUUAUUCCCAACAUCCAACAUCAGCAUCAAAAUGGGCGCUAAACGUAAACGUGUGGCAGUCUCCGCAGAACCCGCGUAUCAUCCUGUACAAGCACGACAAACCUUUAACCAAACACCAGCAUACACGAUGGUCCCUCAACAGCCUCCGCCAUCUCUGCAGCUACAGCCAGUUCAAGAGCCCCAGAAGAAGAAGAUUGACUGGCCACAUUCAGUCCGCAUGUAUGUGCAAAGAUCCUUCGAUCCCGCAAAUGUCCUCGAUGAUAUCCCACGAUCUGAAAUGGAAGCCAAGCUCAAGGAGACCAUUUCCAGAGCCACUGAUAGCCAAUCCUUGGAUUCUACGGAUUGGGACAACCUUCCAUUGCCACAACACAUGAUUCGUCAGGAGAGAGCCCACAAAGCCUGGCAAGAGGAAUCCCUCAAGAUGCAGAUGGCCUCCAACGGCUACAUCAAUCCUGCUCGAGAGCAAUUCAUCACCCAAAAGAAGAGAAAGUCCACGGAAAUGGGCGGCGGAAACGCAAAAGAAAACAGCCCACCAUGGCAACGUGCAACUAACAAUCGCAAUGGAUUCGAAGAUCGGGUCACCUUCCCAGAGAAGCGACAACACCUCCCAGACGAUUCUCUCAAGGGCACAAGUAAGUUCCAGAAGAACCUUGAGAAGCGACAACGUCGAUUCGAUGGUGGCUAUAAAUCUACAUACCAGGCCCCAAACUAUGCAUCAGAACCUUCCUCCGGACCCGUAGUCGGAACUUCUCAAACCCUUGAGAAGCAAUACUUUCGUUUGACUGCUCCUCCCAUCCCAUCACAAGUGCGCCCCGAGGCAAUCCUUAGACAAACCCUUGACCUAUUGAAGAAGAAGUGGAAGAAGGAGGGCAACUACUCGUACAUCUGCGAUCAGUUCAAGUCCAUGCGUCAAGAUUUAACCGUCCAACGUAUCAAGAACGAGUUCACGGUCACCGUUUACGAAAUCCAUGCCCGGAUCGCCUUGGAAAAGGGUGAUCUUGGUGAGUAUAAUCAAUGCCAGACCCAACUGAAAGCCCUAUACGCACAAAAUCUAGGAGGCAAGCCAUUCGAGUUCAAGGCGUAUCGUAUCUUAUAUUUCAUUCAUACUUCUAACCGCACUGCGUUGAAUGACGUUUUGGCGGAUCUAACCACAGCAGAGAAAAAAGAAAAGGCCAUUAAGCAUGCCCUUGAUGUUCGUUCCGCAUUAGCCUUGGGCAACUACCACAGAUUUUUCAGACUUUAUCUCGACACUCCUAACAUGGGUGCUUAUCUCAUGGAUAUGUUUGUCGUCCGAGAACGUCUAGCGGCACUUGCAAAUAUGUGUAAGGCGUAUGUAUCUUCUUAAUCUUCAUCCUCAAACAUGUCACUAAUUCAUUUACAGAUUCAAGCCAGAUGUCCCGUUAAGAUAUGUUACUGAAGAGCUUGGUUUUGAAUCUGAUGGGGACGCUGCGCAAUUCAUUUAUGAUUACCAAGGCCAAGCCCUCCUCGAGGAGAAGGAAGAUGGUUUACGAUUCCUCACUGGCAAGGCAGGUCAAUUAUUCGAAGCCGCAAGAGCCCAAGCAUUCCGAAAAGUCGACAUCAAAGGACAAAUCUAACCAGUUUUCGUUUAAGACAACUGCUGUUUUUGCAACCUACGAUCUAUGUAGCUCCUUUUCGGAUCUAUUUCAUCUGUUUCCUCUACCUCAUCCUCCUGUCAGUUGGCAAGAUAGGGAUCGUUGAUGAUACGGUUGUUGUGGUUCAGGUACCUUGUUAUCUUUGGAUUUUUUGGUUGUCCCCACUUGUCUUCGACCAAAAGUCAAGCGAGUAGGGUCAUGGAUUGAUUCAUCGAUGGUACUCGUUCUUGUUUCACGCAUCGAAUAACCUGACGGCGAAACGCAGUGGCUUACUUCAUUGUUUGCAUCUGGUCGGAAAUUUCGAAGUCGACUCCUUGUUUAUACCCCCCUUUUUCUGCAUAUCCGGCGACUCUUGCUAAUCUUUUCGGGCGUUGUUGGCUGGACCUUUUGCGCACAUGACUUUAUGAUGGGAAGGCGAAAUAAGUCAUGGGGUUUUUCUUUUGCGGCAGCAAUGGGGGCCAUGUUUGGGUUGUGAAUACUGUGGGCAUUUGGGGAAAAGCUUUGUGGUGCAUGGUGUUUUGGCUAUCCAGGCGUUUUUUCGUAUUCGCAUUGGGUGGUUUUCCUCGAGGGUCCCAGUCUCGAACUUGCAUCAAUAUUAUACAGAGGAGUACUCCGUAUAACUGAUAAUAAAGAUAAUGUUUUUCGAC